CCAGAGUCCCGUGGGUUUGGGAACCGGUGUCCCGGCUCUCUGCACGUCCCCGUCCCCCCGUGGCCCUAGCCCCAGCCAUGAAGCGCAUCUUCUCCUGCUCCAGCUCACAAGUAGCGGUGGAGAGAUGGAACCGUCGUGAUCAGAAGCUUCUUGAGGCGGUGCAGCGGGGGGACGUGGGACGUGUGGCUGCCUUGGCCUCCAGGAAGUCGGCCCGCCCCACCAAGCUCAACUCCAAUGGCCAGUCCCCGUUUCAUCUGGCGGCUUCCAAAGGCCUGACCGAGUGUCUGACAAUACUGCUUGCAAACGGGGCUGACAUCAACAGCAAGAACGAGGAUGGAAGUACCGCCCUGCAUUUGGCCACCAUCUCCUGCCAGCCACAGUGUGUAAAAGUCUUGCUUCAGCACGGUGCUAACGAAGAUGCGGUGGAUGCAGAAAAUCGAAGUCCACUGCACUGGGCAGCCUCCUCUGGCUGUGCAUCGAGUGUGCUCCUGCUGUGUGACCACGAAGCUUUCCUAGAUGUGCUGGACAGUGAUGGACGUACACCCCUGAUGAUUGCGUCACUGGGUGGUCACGCAGCUAUCUGCUCACAGCUGCUGCAGAGAGGUGCCCGAGUUAAUGUCACAGACAAGGAUAACAAGUCAGCUCUGAUCCUGGCCUGUGAGAAAGGCAGUGCUGAGGUGGCUGAACUGCUGCUGAGCCACGGAGCGGACGCGGGUGCAGUGGACAGCCUGGGGCACGACGCCCUGCAUUACGCCCUGCGCACCCAAGACAACGUCCUGUGGGAGCUGCUCCACCGGGCCCUGAACCGGCGGCGGAGAGGCGGUCAAGGCCUGAUUCAGCACCCAGAUCAUAUACCCCAGGCAUCUCCAUCUGAGCCCCAGGUGGGUUCCCCAUGUAAAAGCCCCCAAGGAGCAAAGCCUGAAGAGAAGCAGGAAGAGGAAGAGGAGGAGAAGGAUUCGCGUGGGGAAGAGUGGAAGCGGAAGUGCGAAGAGGAGCAGAGGAAAGUGUCGGACUUGGAGCUGGAGCUGGAGCGGACACGGGAGGAGAGUGAGGCCCAGGCGGCCGCCUACCUGGCCUUGGAGAGCCAGAUUCGAGAGCAAGUGCGAGAGCUGGGCUUCCUCUUGACCCAACACCCUGGAGGUCCUGGAGGGCAGGCCGCUGACCACCGGCCUGGAGGAGAUGGCAUGGAGCAGGGUUGUCCCCUGAACCUGCUGGCCAGGCACAUCCAAGAACUAAAGCAGCAGCGGGGCGCUGCCAGGGUGACCCCAAACACGGCUCCCAGCAGGGCCGAGGCGUCAGCCCCAGCAGAGGUCCCCCGCGAAGCUCAUGGACCACCCCAGAGCCCAAGAUCCGAGGACAUCAGGAUGGCCACAGGAGAGCAAGUGACCGCCACCCAUGGGGGACAGACCCCCAGCACAGAGGCGGAACCAGUGGGCGCAGCGAGCAUGCACCAACUCCUGCUGCAGCUCAGGGAGGAGCUGGCGGCCGUGUGGCGAGAGAAGGAUGCCGCCAAAGGGGCUUUGUCAAGACCAGUCCUGGAAGGAGCCCUGGGCACUCCCCGGGCAGAGGCUGCAGCAGCUGCCUGGGAGAAGAUGGAGGCCCGGCUGGAGAGGGUGCUGGUGAGGCUGGAUCGGGCCAAGGCCGGACUGCAGGCGAAACCUGAGAGCCCAAGCCACGGAGAAUCGAGAGCUGGAGCCCCGCGGGCCGGCCCGGGGUGCGCCCGGGAGCGCGAAGAAAAGAAGAGAGCCGCCGGGGCCAGGGGAGAGCCUCUAGGGGCCCCUGGCGAGCAGGCCCCGGGAGGAUGCCCGGCCAAGGGACCCUUGGAAAAGGGGGUGUCCGCGUUGAGGCUGAACAACAGUAACUUGCUGGAGGAGCUGGGGGAGUUGGGGCGGCAGCGGCAGCUGCUGCAAGAGGAGCUGCAGGCCCUCAACCAGCGGCUCCAGCGGGAGUUCAUGCCCAAGCCCGGGGAACAGGACCAGCUGCAGCAGUUGCAGCGGAGCGUGGGGCUGCUGACCCUGGAACUGGCCACGGAGAAGAACGCCACGGAGAAGCUGCGCCGGCGCCUGGCCUUCCAGAGCAGCGGCCUCCGAGGCCUGUGGGACUGCUUGCCGCCGGACCUGGUGGGCCACGGGAAGGCCCCGAGCGCCGACGAGCCCCUGGACGAGCUGCGGGCAUGCAUCAGCACCCUGGUGGACGGGCACCGCGAGGCCCAGCAGGCGCUGGCUGGGCUGCGGAAGGAAAACGAGCAGCUGAGGGCAUCGGUGCCCUCCUGCGCCUGCGGGGAGCCUCGGGACGCCCCCAGCGCGGGGGCCUCCAGCACCGCCCCCCAGGUGGCUGCCCUGGAGCACGAUCUGGGGCAGCUGGAGGAGGAGCUGCGGGCGGUGCAGGCCACGAUGAGCGGGAAGAGCCAGGAGAUCGCGAAGCUCAGGCAGCUGCUGUACCAGGCCACCGAGGAGGUGGCCGAGCUCAGGAGCCGGGAGGCGGCCAGCCUGCGGCAGCAGGAGAAGGCCCGAGGCUCCCUGGCGGCCCAGGCGCAGGCUUGGGGCCAGGAGCUGCAGGUGGUGCUGGACAAGUACAACUCGGCGUGCCGGGAAGCGAGCCGGCUGCGGGAGGCGCUGGCCGAGCAGGAGCGCCUGGCGGACGAGGCGCGCGCGCGCUGCCGGCGGUUCGAGAACUGCACGGAGCUGCUGAGAGAGAGGACCGAGCACCUGGCCGGCGCGUGCCGGGACAAGGAGGGCAAGAUCAAAGAAUUACUAAAGAAGCUGGAGCAGCUUUCGGAGGAAGUCCUCGCAGUUCAGGGGGAGAACGCUCACCUCACCCUAAAGCUGCAGGAUUCCCAGAAGAACCAUGAAGACAUCAUCUCCACCUACAGGAACCAUCUGCUGAAUGCUGCUCGGGGCUACAUGGAGCAGGACGUGUACAAUAUCCUACUUCGAAUCCUCAGCAUGAAAGAAUGAAGCGACAUCUCCUUGCCCUUGGAGAUACCGGCAUUUCUCUGUUGGAAUGAGAGCAUGCCUGGUUUACAGAGACUCCA